AUGGCGACCACGAGGUCAAAAGCUACGCGUCAAAAUAGUUUUGCGCGUCGUUUAAGUCAAGGCGAACAAACGCCAAGAGAGAAUGAAGUUGUGGUUAUAAGCCCGGUAACGGAAGGCCAAUCGGCACGAACAGGUAGAGUUCAACACUCACCUGCGCGCGCAAACCCUAACACGUCAACAAAUACGUCAACCGUGGCGUCGUUACCAAGCACGGUAGUAACAGAGCAACAAUCAGCUUCUCGACAAACGGGAAUUUUACCAGCGCUGAGAAUGCCUGUACUAAACGUACCGUCUUUAAGACCCAAUAACACAGGUAAUCUGGCGAUAUCAAAUAAUCCCCUAGUGACAAAUAAUACCGGGAAUAUGAGUAAUGCGACGAUCACUAGUAGUUCGGCUGUCACGGAUAAUCUGGUUAUUACUCAUGCUAGUACGAGUACUAGUAAUGCUACGAUUACAAGUACUUCGUUGGCAAUGAGUAAUAAUAAUAAUAAUAACAGAAAUGAUGGUUUACCGAGUACUAGUGCGUCUCAGAGUUCGGUUAAUAAUAUUUCGACCCUCGAUGUUCCCCAAAUAAGAAAUAAUCUUCAAGCUCCGCUAAAUAAUAAUAAUUUACAAAAUAUGUUGUCAUCGCUUGAGUCACAAAAUAGCUUGGUGGAUAAUUCACAAGUAAAUGGUCGAAUUUUAAAUACGGGUAACAGGAGUAAUCCUGAGAAUGUAUUAUUAAAUAACAACAACUCGUUGAGAAACAAUCUAAAUCCGGGUUUGAAUUUGAAUUUGUCUGAGAAUGAUGUCAGAAAUAAUAUGAGUCAUCUUACUACACUAAGACAAAAUAAUUCUCAAAGUACAUUUGGAUUUAACUUGGAUAAUUUAGAAAGUUUCGGUAGCAUUAAUAAUAAUGCAAAUAACAUCAAUUCAAAUCCAGACCCGAGUUUAGGAUUAAAUAAUUUGUCUAGGCCCAUAAAUAAUUUUAAUAACAAUAUGAGUAAUCCAUCAAGUUACUUGGACUCAAGAAACAUUUCUGAAAACCCGGGUAAUUUUAAUCAACAUAGAAAUACGAAUAUGAGAGCUGAUGUAAGCCAUUCCUCUGUCGAUACGGUUGACAAUAACGCUUUUCCUGGGGUUAACCCAGUAUUGGCUUCCGUCGAGGAGAGGAUGGAUCGUUUGAUGAAUUUAAUAGCUGCUCAAAAUGCUGUUAGCCAAACACACACGCAGGCUUUAAAUAACCUGGAAUUAAUCUUUAAUAGAUUGUCGGUUAAUCAAGAACCAAUUAUACAAAAUGCGAGAGACCCUUGUCAGGCUGUCAGUACCGCGAACCCGGUAAUUCUCGGUCUUGGUGGGGGGGAAAAUGGCUCAUCUCGUAUUUUGCAUAAUGAGGCUCGUCAAACAGCAUCAGCAAGUCAUAACCUGCCAACAGGAAAUUUUCCUGGACAGAGAUUUUCUCGUCAGGGUCAGUUUAUUGAUCCUGUUAGUCUUAAUCGCAACAAUAAUGGUUUCAAUAAUUUAUCAAAUCAGCCUAUUGCCUCACGUAAUCCUAUCCCAAUCAUGGAUAAUCGGGCAACGUCGGAACGCAGGUGGAAGGACAUUAUGUAUGAACUCAAAGUUUGGCAAUUGAGAUUUCCGCAAAAUGAACUCAGUGCGGAUCAAUUCCUUUUAUCAGUCGAAGCUAAAGCGUCGAGACAGAGGUGGUCGGAUGAUGAGGUUUUGCGAUUAAUGGGUCACUUGUUGGUGGGUCAGGCGUCAUAUUGGUAUGAUGUAAAUUAUCCAAGGAUGCAGCAGAUGUAUCGUCUCAUGAGUAGACCACCGUCCGAGUUUGAGCAAGUUACUACAAUCCGUAAUCAUCUACAGGGCGAAUUAAGAAACCUGGUAUUUGCACGGUCGGUGGCUACCUAUGAUGGCUUACAUGCUGCUAUCCGGGAAGCAACUCAGGCAAUGGAGGAAAGUCGUCGAGUUUUUGGUGAUUCGAGUGCAGUUUCGGCAAUGGCUUCAACACCGACGUUUUGUCCCGAGAAACGAAACAUGGCGGCAUAUGCAAGCCGUCUUUGCCGCGUACCGCGAGAAAAAGGUCUCACGGCAUGCAUCACGCCGUCGCGCUGUUCAGGCCCCAGCGCCUGUGGCAGAGCCAGGAAAUCCUGAACCUGAAGAGCCAGUACUUCCAGCACUGCCUGAUGUGGAAUUAGUAGAGCCACCUAUGGAGGUGGAAUGCUCAGGACCUCCGUCAAAGGAACCUGCCGGGGAAAACGAGGAGAUGGAAGAACUAGAAGCCUCGCUGCGGGAAAUGUUGGAGGUUCCCGUCCCGGGUGCUCAUGAAUUUUAAACUUUCCAUUCAGUCGAGAAGACUGCGCGUUCCCCCUAUUAUUGGGUGGUACACCCCAUGUUCUCUCCUGCGGCCCGACGCCCUGGGGAUCUCCGCUUGUCAACUAUUUCUACUGUAGUCAACAGUCCCGGCCUUCAGCCGUUGCGGGCCUUAAUUGUUCGGCGUGCUCCGCAGGCACAGAAGGGAGGGCUUACCUACCGCCCUACCCGCCGCAUAAAUCAAGGCCGAGCUAGCGUUCCACCCGCGCUCGAUUUUUAAAUCGUGAAGGCCAGUGGGCCAGCCAUUACUUUGUUUUCAUUUUCCAUUUUAUAAUUUUUCUAUUAUUUUGUCAACAAUUUAAUUUUGUAUUCAUUUCAAUUAAAACUUAAAUACUAGUUAUGCUGUUUAAUUGUUUAAUUUGUUUCCAGUACACCUUCAACCUCUGUGCAGAUACCAUAGGCAGACAACAGGCCCACUAGUUAAAGUUAUGAAUCCGAGGCACGACUUUGGUGGGGGGGGAUGUAACCGGGAUUCGGUAAUAGUUCUUCAACGUCAUGCUCGAGGGAUAACUAGAACCUGGUGGCUGCCUACGGUAACUGGACAACGGGGGAUAAAAUAACUCUUUCUUAUACCAACUGGAUUUGCUGAGGCAAAGUUACAGGGCGCAUGCGCGGGCCUGGGGUACGAGGUAGUAACCGACUCGCUGAGGGGCAGGACGGACAAUUCUCGGCAAACCAUAGUACAGUUCACAGCUUUUCUUUCGCAACUGCAUCCACGUUUCUUUUCUACACCAAACGUUUUUGUUAUAACUGAGCUAUUUCUACGUCAUCUGGAUUACCAGGAAGCCUGAGUUUUAUCUGUCAGGAGUCAGCGGUUAUUGGAGUUAAUUGGAAGAAGUUGGUUUUCUUUUCCCAUUGAUAAAACCGCCAAGGAAUCUGAGGAUGUGGUCCUGGGCCGAUCUCGAUGCCAAGAGGGCUAAGAUGGCGGAGUCUCGUGACGUAGGUGUCUUCUAAAUAUUAAAGUUUUAUAUAAAAUAAAUUAUUGCUCGGGUAAGAAUAAUCUUACCUUUUAAAUUAUAUAAAUUGGUUUUUAUUGUAAAUAAUUUCUCUCAGUUAGAGAGUUAAAAUUAAAUUUGACUUUCUGUCAGUGUUGAGCAUGAAAAUUAAUUAAUAUCAUAAUUAUAAAUUGUCUAAGCAAUUAAAGUAAAAUUUAUAAAGUCGAGUCAGUGUCGUGCCUGCCAUUUUGGCGUCUGUAAAUUGUCAAAGUCAAAUCGUCAUUCUCACCAACUUGUGCCGUCAAAUAUUGUCGCGGAUUUAUUUCAUUUGAUUAUUGUAAAGUGGGGUCUGUUGUCUGGGUAAAUUGGUUAAAUAAAAUUGCCAUCUAGUUUAUACACAUAUAUCAUCUAUACAAAUCUUUUAUUUUACAAGCUACCUAUACUCUCAACAUCUUUAAUUAUUC